AUGAGUUUAAAAGAAAUACAGAAUAAAUUACUGUUAUGGGAAUCUUCUGAAAACCCUUUAGCUCCACUCACAGCGGAACAACGUGAAGCAAUUCUCGAUUUGGAGGCUCUGAUUCUUGGGGAUUCAGAUGAUUUGCAAAAUGAAAAUACUUCAAGUGAUAAAAGUGCCGAGUCUAUUAUACCUCCAGUGGAUUCGACACAUGAUUUUUUGGCAUGGUACGACAGUAUAUGUGAAACUAACAUCAAAGCAGAUGACUCUCCAUAUGAGGCAUAUUACAAACAGUUAGAAGACAGGAGGAAUGAAUGUAUAUCUUUGACCAAUCAGAUUGGUGAUACAAUGGCUGAUUUAGACAAACUCACAGAACAAUAUGAACUGGUUUCGAACAAAACAAAUGCAUUGCACACCAUGAGUGAGCAGUUGUUGGCCGACCAAAACAAACUAUCCAGUAUAGGAGAUAACAUCAAACAGAAGUUACACUAUUUCACACAAGUGGAACACCUGUCCCAGAGGCUGAACAGCCCCACUAUGUCAGUGAACAGCGAGACAUUCUUCAACAUUCUCGCCAAGAUUGAUGAGUGCUUGGAGUAUAUGAGAACUAAUAGUAGUUACAAAGAAUCGCACACUUACUCAGUGAAAUACCGCCAUUUGCAAAGCAGAGCGAUAUCACUGAUACGGUCUUAUGUGAACCAUGUAUUGGAUCAUGCCACAGAACAAGUGUUAACACCAAACGAUGAGGACUCCACUGAUAGAGAAGCUAUGGACACUGCUUACGCUGUGUACUUUGGAAAGUUCCAAGCCACCGCUCCCAAGCUGAGGAUGGUUAUAAGUGAAAUAGAAUCAAGAGCAGAGACAAAUCCAGACGACAGUUACGCGUCGCUGCUGUCCGAUAUCCAGCGCGAGUACGCGUCGCGUCGCGCGCGCGUGGCCGGCGGCGCCACCACGGCCGCGCUCCACGCCGCCGCCACGCGCCAUCCACGCGACCACUGCACCCUCGCCCGCGCCGCCUGCUCGCUGCUGGCGCACGCGUGCCGCGACGAGUGCGCGCUCUACGAGCACCUGUUCGCGCGCCCCUCGCCCGCCCUCCAGGAGUACCUCGUGUCGCUCUGUAACGGGUUGUACGAAACAUUGCGUCCGCACAUAAUCCACAUCAAUCAUCUGGAGACGCUGGCAGAGCUCUGCGUUAUUCUGAGGGUAGAAAUCAUUGAGGAGCAGGUGAAAAAUGACCCCAGUCUGUCCGCGCUGGGUGCGUGCGCGCGCGCGCUUUUGCAAGACGCGCAGGAGAGGUUAGUGUUCCGCGCGCACGUGCACCUGCGGGCCGACGUGCUGCACUACAGGCCCGCCCCCGGCGACCUCGCCUACCCGGACAAGCUGCAGAUGAUGGAGCAAAUCGCCAUCUCGUUGCAAGAGCAAAGCCUCAAACGCAGCGAUUCCCGCAACUCCAUGACGUCAGACAUAUCGGCCACGUCACAGGAAGUGGCCAACAUUAACAACGUUGAAGCUCAGAGGAGACCGCAAGCUUCUCCCGCGGAUUUGCAUGGCAUGUGGUAUCCUGGAGUUAGGAGAACGCUGGCUGCCUUGUCUAGGUUAUAUAGGUGUCUAGAGAAAAAGGUAUUCCAAGGGUUAGCUCAAGAGGCCAUAUCGCUAUGCGUUCAAAGCGUAGACAACGCGGCCAAGCAAAUAUCAGCAAGCAAAACCAACAUAGACGGCGAACUAUUCCAAAUAAAACAUCUCCUCAUACUGAGAGAGCAAAUCGCACCAUUUCAAGUCGAUUUCAUAGUCAAAGAGACCACUUUAGACUUUAGCAAUAUGAAAAAUGCUGCUUACGGCUUAUUGCAGAAACCGAGGCAGAUAUUCUCUUUGAAUAGCAAUAAUGCCUUGCUAGAGUUCCUUCUAGAAGGAACCCCGAUGGUCAGGGAACAUCUUCUGGACUCGAGGAAGGAAGUGGAUCGGCAACUCAAGAGUUGUUGCGAGACCUUUAUCAAGGAUGCUACAGAAAUUCUGGCUGGACCGCUUAUUGCGUUCUUGGAAAAGGCUCAAUCUGUAUCCCCCAUAGAACAAUUAUGCCGCGAAGAGUGGGCGGAAAGUAGCCGUAUAGCGGCCGUAGUGAGUUCCGCCCAAAGACUAGUCCGCACCCAUCUAGCUCCCUUACAACGAUCCAUGCAACUGUAUCUAGCUAAUACUGAGACGGAAUUCAUACUCUUCAGGCCGAUACGGAACAAUGUGGUCGGCUACUUCGCCCAGAUGGGUCAGCUGCUCACCAACGCAGGAUACUCAUACGAUGACAUCUUAAUCGUAGCCUGUCCCACUCCGGAACAAGUGUCCGUGUUCAUAUCCUCGGCCAGUCUCAUCAGCCACAACGAACCGGUGUUGCCAUACGGGAAAAAGAGGAAGACUAGCACCAUCCAGAAGCCCAGUGUUGCCAGUGUACAGGAAAAAGAGAACCUACCCACGGAAACGGGUAAAGAAGUGGUCGAUGUUUAG